CAGUGAAUCCAUUGGAAGCAACUCAAACAACCCGCCUUGCCAGGGCCGAUCUUGGCAUCGAUAAAGUAUCUUAUUGGCUGAGCAAAAAACUCCGAUGGGGCUCUCAUUGGACACACCCGGACCCAAACGAGCUUUGAUUGGCGAGGCUGAGCUGUCAUAGAAGGAAUGUGAUUGCACCCUUGCUUGCAACGAUGGACCGUCGACGCGCCUAAGCCCGGCGUCGCGCGGCGGGCAGGUUCGCGGGCUCGAGUGGGGAGGGAGGAGGACGGCGCGUGAGGGUCGCCAGGCUGCCCCCUCCUCGGAGUGCGCGUGCGCGUCCCCUGUCCGCCGGUGCGCCACGAUCCUUUCCACGAGGGCGCCCGCCGGGAGGAACUGCCGCAGCGGCAUCGAUCCAACUCCGCCCAGGCAGGGCAAUACGUCGCAAUUUGUUGAGGUUUCCUUUCUGUUCGGAUGCGGGAGCAGGACGGCGAGGAGGGCUGUUCUUUGAUGCUGCGGGUGGGAGCGGAGUAGCAACAGCUGCCUGCCUUGCGGUGGGGCGACCCGUAUUGAUUUGGGAGAAAAAUCUUGCUUGGCUGAUGUUGCAGGUGGCUGCCCGUAGAAUAGAGAGAGCAACUGUCCCCAAUUCGGUGUAUAUGGAAUACAAACCCAACCAUCCCCUGCUAGCAUGGGCAGGGAUGAUGAGACAUUCAGAUGUGGGACUUCAUGUCUCUCACAUCUGAGAGUGCCAGGUUGGGGAUGAUGCUGAGGUACUUUGCAUGCUGGGGAGGGGGCAGGGGAAGAGAAAGGGGUAGCAGCAUUUGAAGGGAGAUCAGCAUCUGAUGGCAGGAUGGGAAAACUGGAUGGGCUUAGGUGGCAGAGGAGAUAUGGGACUGUGCCUACUGUAUUGAUCUCAGCAGGGGUUUGGCAGUUAUCAGUCUGGGCCCUAAGUCUUUGGUAACUAACUGAGCUUUCCUUGGAGAAAUGAGGUACAGAUAUGGUAAAUUGGGCGAGUUUAUUUCCUCUUCGUAAAAAGUGGAGGGGGUGUGGGGUGUUGCUAUUUGGGUGGAUGAUCUAAUAUGGUAGAUUUGCAUCUGGUUGGGGGAUUCAGUAGACUCUGGAAAGCAGAAGAGUCAGAGAUUAGAAUGUGAUACUGGGGUUGUUGGGGGUUUAGCUGGCAAUUGCCAUCAUGCUGGCUGGGGGUGAUGGGAAUUGUAAUCCAGUACAUCUGGGGAACUCCAAGGUUAGGCAAGGUAAGUUAGAAGGGAAGGAUUAGUGGUGACAUUAGUUGUGCCAAAGAAAUGGAGCAGGGAGGGGGGAAGGUAAGAGAAAUGUAUCAUUUUAGAGAGAGGGGAGGGUUGCUGCUCCAGGAAAAAGGAAGGCUUGUAUCACUUGGCAGAGAGAUUGGAUUGGGGGCUAGUGUUACAUUUGGGGAGAAGAAACUGUGAGUGUUUGUGCCAGGAAGAAGGGCUUUUUGGAUAUCUCUGCAUGAUGUAGGAAUGCAGUAAGGAUAUCUUGGUGUUUUGUUCAGGACACUGAAAAUUAAGGAAAGAAAUGGGGAAAAUGUACCUCAUCUCAUUAUUUUGCAGAUUUCCCAACCUUCACACCAUGCAAGUGGCUGAAGAUGCCUGCACCCAUUUGGAGGAUGAGCUGCUCUUCUGUGAAGACUGCCGUCUUUAUUUCCGCGACUCCUGCCCACAGCACGGACCCCCUACUUUUGUGGCUGACACACCUGUUCCAGAAAGAGCUCCAUCACGGGCACUGCUGUCCCUGCCUGAGGGACUUCUGGUUAAAGAACGUUCUCAAGGAGGCUCUGGAGUGUGGAGUGCUCUCCCAGCCCUACCUCGUGGCUGCAUCUUUGGGCCCUAUGAGGGGGAAGUGGUCCGAGAACAUGGUGACUGCACCCGUUACUCUUGGGCGGUACGGGACAACGGCUCCUAUAUUUUCAUUGAUGCUUCGGAUGAUUCCAAAUCCAACUGGAUGAGAUAUGUGGCGUGUGCCUCCACUGAGGACGAACAGAACCUAACUGUAUUCCAGUACCGGGGUUACAUCUACUACCGUGUCUGCCAAAUUAUACCCGCUGACACAGAGCUGCUGGUGUGGAUAGGAGAAGAAUAUGCCCGCACUCUAGGACUGCGCUUAGGUGAGCAUUUCAAAUACGAAUUUGGCGAGAAAGAAUUACUGAUGAAACUCUUCCAAGAGCUGCAUGUCAAGGCUCAGUCACCACCUCUGGCUCCCCACGCUCCUUCCUCACGUACCCAGUACCUGUGUGGAGAUGCCACUGCCUCUUCUUUCCUGCCGCUCCACAAGCCAGGCCUUCCCGUGGGAGGAAGCACCUUUCCCCUGCUGGAAGGGACACAAAACCUGGUGGGUCUGGGCAGGGCUCAGAGCCGCUACUGGACUUUUUUUGGCUUCCAGGGGGAUGCCUACGGCCGCAUCCUCGACAAGAGCAAGAUCAUCUGCAAGCUGUGUGGGGUCCGGCUGAGCUACAGCGGAAACACCACCAACUUGCGCCAACAUCUCAUCUACAAGCACCGUUGUGAGUACAACCAGCUCGUUGGGACGCAGGCGGCCACCCUCGACAAAGGAGUGACCGGGACAGGCGAGUUUGGAGCUCCCCGGCCUCCAUUCCCUGGUCGGACCACACGGGCGGUGGCUGACUUUAUCGUGUUGGACCUGAUGCCUGUGGAGGUGGUAGAAGGUGAGGGGUUUGGGCAGAUGCUGGCGGUCCUGGACCCCAAUUACAAGCCCCCUGAGGCUGCUGCCCUCGCCCACACAGUGCUGAAGGACAUGUAUACCCAGGUGAAAGGAAAAAUCUGGGAACUGGUGCGGGCCCUGCCCCAGUGUUCCCUCAGUUUGGAUGUGUGGCACCACAGCAGCACUUUGACCUACCUCACGCUCACUGUGCACUAUGUGGAUGACUGCUUUGAAGCCCGGGCUCGUGUCCUCUCAAGCCGCCCCAUUCCCGAGAAGCCCAGCCCAGAAAGCCUGGCGGAGGCUCUGGCUGAGGCCACCAAAGAGUGGGGGGUCCGCGAUAGCACCUCGUACACUGUGGGCGGCCUUGGCCCUGCCACCCAGCAAGCAGCCACGGCCCUGGGGUGGACAGCUCUGCCUUGCAUUGGGCAGGCCUUGCGGGCAGCGAUGGAAGCGGUGCUGGGCCAGCCAGUGGCCCAGAGUGCCCUGGAGCGUCUCCGUCGCUUGGCCUCUUGGGCGCUGACCGGGGCAGGUCGUAACGAGAAACCAUGGUUCCAGGAGCCCCUCCUGCAAGCCCACCUCAGCCACUUCCUGAGAGAUGGGGGCAAAUGGCACAGUGUCUACACAGUCCUGCAGGGUCUGCUGGAGUACAGCAAGUCUCUGUCGGGGCUCGGCCCUGAUGGAGAGGCAACCCUGCACCCGCAGGACUGGGCUGCCCUUCGGGAUGUAGUCCAAGUUCUCAAGCCCAUGGCAAUUGCUACCUCAACAUUUACCAAAGAUCCCUUUUCCAGCCUGGCCCUAGUCAAGCCCGUGUUAACUAGCCUCCUCUACAAGCACUUGGUGGCCAGCGAGUGGGACUCUGCCCUGGCCCUCGAAGCCAAAGCAGCAGCCCAGAAGGAACUGAACCACCAUUUCUCCAGCCCUGAUGUUAACCAGGCCCUCAACCUGGCCUGCGCUCUGGACCCCCGGUUCCGUGGCCUUGACUUCCUGAGCCAUUCUGACCGGGUGGAAACGUUGCACUUGCUCAAGGCCGAAGUGUCCCGCCUGGCCGAGGCCCCUGCCUUCUUGACCUCCAGCCUGCCCGACGUGGCUUCCCUGUCACCCCCUGCCAAGUUGCCGAAGCAAGAUGCAGGCAUCGAAUUCCUGCUGGGAGACCUUUGCAGCAUGCGUGGUGGCCCAGGCAUCAGCUCUGCCCAACAGCAAGCCGAGCAGGAGACAGCCAGCUUCCAGACCAGCAAAGCAUCUGCCCUUGCUCAGGAACCCCUGCAGUGGUGGAAGAUCCACCAUACCCAGUACCCACUGCUGGCCCGGGCAGCCCGCAAGCUCCUGGGUGUCCCUGCCACCUCAGUGCCUGCUGGCUGGCUCUUCAGCAGCGCUGGGGAUGCCAUCCAUGCUAAGCGCCAAGCCCUGACACCAGAGCAUGUUGAUAUGCUUGUGUUCCUCCAUGGCAACCGUGCAAUGCUCUAUUAGAAUAUGCAAAGAGAGCAGGUUUGGGUGGGCAUCUGUCGGCAGAAUCCUAGAGCAUUCCACCACAAAAGAUUGGGUGAAAUGGAGGAAGGGCUUCCACGUGUCCUGUACCUCCUUCCUUCUGCCGGGCUGGCCAAAAGAUCCAGAGGGAGAAUACAGUCUGUGUGUUUUGGAGAGAGGAAGUAAAAGAGGAAUAGAACAAACCAUCUGAGUGGUUUUGUGGGGUGGGGGAGGGAAAGUCCACGAGCCAGACUAGGGCAAACCUCCUCAAACUGCAUCGUCCAGGUAUUGAACUACAAUUUCCAUCUAUUCCCACCAGCUGAUUGGGAGCUGUGAAUAUAUUAGUUCAACAAAGUUGUAGGGUACCAGGCUGAGGAAGGCUGAUCUGGAAUAAAAAAAACAGCUGUGGCUUUUAGUAGGCUUUGUCUGGAGCAGGAGAGUGGGGAAGGAGACCGAAUUAGAUCAUGUUGAAUCCUCCUAAGACGUAGGAGGGCUGAUGUACUGGAAUGUUCCAUAACUGUAAGGGAAUUGAGUGUUUGAGAGUGUGUAUGAGUGUGCACUCGACAUAAUUGUCCUCGCCUCUCAGAGAAAAGAUACCCCGGAGGGCGGGAACAAUCCAUGUAUGGGUCGGAAGGAGAGAACAUUUGAGGACAGAAAUGAUGCAUUAAGGGUAAGUGGGGACACCAAAAGAGGGGCAGGGUUGGACUAUUCCAUGCCUACAAUGGGGAGACAGAUUCAUAAUUGGGAGCAGGUGGGGGAAAAAAUAAAGGACUGAACGGUGUAGGGAGCUGAAGAUCAUGACAGUACAGGUUCAGGGAAACAGAAAGAUGGCAUGGAAUAUUUCAAGUGGUUUGGAUUGUAAUUCAGACACACACCAAGCAGGCAUGUGGUUAGUGUCAAGGUGGUUUUGCUUUGCAAGGAGCCCUGGAGUAUUUCAACGAGAUACACUAAUCAUACCUUUUCCCUUAUUUUAUUAUCUUCUGGAGUGAUGGUGGGCAACAUAGUAGGUGGGGAACUCCCCAGUGCUGAGGUACCUUCUUGCAUUAUGGAUUCUGUGAAUAUAUCCAGCAUCCUUUGUUUUCCCUUCUCUUCCCACCCAUCCACAAAAACCAAGAUACAGAGCCAAAAGAAGAAGGGAUGUUAGAAAAAUACUGUGAUUCCUCUGGCCUCCCUUCCACUUUUGGGGCAUUACAUUGACCUAGAAACCAAAGAAAGUAUUAACCAUUCCUCUCUUCAUUGCACCUUGGUCAUUUUUUUGGACACCCUUUCCCCCAUAUAUGCCUCUUGGCCCUUCUCUCCUGCCCCCCCCCCCAAUGUUUGCACACAUUAAAAGGUUCAAAGUUAUCACGCAAAAGAGGAACAGCUAAAAACAGGUUUACAUCUUUUAUAAGGAAUACAGGCAGGAUCCAUGAGUCCACCUUCCUUCCCCUGCUCCAGUUUAAAACAAGUUUUAUUUCGCCUUUAGUUUUUGUUUUUAAUUCAAAGAAUGGUGGUUCAACAAGAAAAUAAAAGAUGUUUUAUUAAAAAAAA